AAAACGAAAAUAAUAAUUACUUUUCCCCAGAAAAGGCAAAAUAAGAAUGUAAAAUAAAUUCGGAGUCAAAACAAAUUGACGAAUAUUUACUAAAUAAUGCUCUUUUAGUGAAAACAUAGUAAUCUGGAACGGGGCCCGGGAAAAUAUUGUAUAUGUCAAAAUAUUGACACUUGUCACUAUUUCAUGUUCAAUCGUGUUUAUUUCAUUUCGGCGCCUAAAACUUUGUUACUUUAGAACUGUUUUAAAGUUAUUUUAUUUGUAUUUAAUACCAUAAUUGUGAACAAAUGCCUGUAAAAAUAUAAAAAUGGAAGAAGAAAAACUUAUCCGAAGAAAGAAGAAAGCUUUGAAUGGAAGUAAUAGGCGUACUUUAGCUGAGGCUUACAAUGAUUUGGCGACAUUUUAUUACAAACACAAUCGGUAUAGCGAUGCUCUGGACGAAUAUAAAAAUGAAGCUAAAAUUUGUAAGGAGUUGGGACUACGCAUGGAAUGGGGGACUUGCAACAGGAUGAUUGGAGAGAUGUAUAUGUUGUUAGCAGAGUUUGACAAAGCCCUGAAGUAUGAGGAGCGACAUUUAUCUGUAGCAAAAGAAUUGAAGAACCUAGUUGAGGAACAGAGAGCCAUGGCUACACUUGGCAGAAUAUAUUUAUUGCAAGGACAAAGCACCAGUGAUGAUGAUGAAGGUAAAACAUCACUGAAAGCUGCUGAAAAGGCUUUCAUGAAGAGUCUUGUGCUGUGUGAGAACUUAAAUGGUAAAAUAAACAAACAUGAACUGAUGGACAUGAGAGCUCGCCUCCUUCUAAACAUCGGAGUUGUACAGGAGCACUUAGGAAACCUUGACAAGGCCAUAGACUGUAUUAAUAAGGCCAUAACUAUAUGUUCAAGUCAAGAUCUGUAUGAAGUACUGCAUAACUGUUAUACUACUGAGGCAUUGUUACUUGGUAACAAGAAGAAGGACUAUGCUAAAGCUCUCAGCUGUUUGAAUAAGGCUCUUGAAGUAGCUAGCAGGCUUGAGGAUAAGGUCCUAAAAACCUGUGAGACUUUAGCUUCGAAAGCAGAUAUCUUGUGUAAGAUGUCAGACUAUCAGAGUGCUAAACAAGUGCUGCUCAAAGCCUGGAAACUGAAGACACCUGAUGAGGAAGAAAGAGACAAUAUUGAGUCCAAUCUUAGAGUUGUUGCAGCUAUCUGCUACACAGAAGAUCUGCUCAUAUCAACUGACCCAUCAGACCACACAACAUUUAAGAAAUUGUAUGAGAAGCUCGGUGACGGUGCAUGUCACUUGCGGAACUACGCCGGCGCUGUCGAGUACUACCUAAAGAUGUUGGACCACGCUGAGCUGGCGGGGGAAUGCGGGAAGAAACUCAUACCGAUAUAUGUUAGCCUUUACCAAACUUACAAAGACAUGGGAUCGUACAACGAGGCUCUUCACUAUUACGAAAAGGAGUAUGAGCUAAUCAAAGACGUGCCGAAAGAGGCUUUCACGACGAUGUAUAAUAUUGCUGAAACGUUGUUCUUGGCCAAGAAACCUUACGGACAGAUAGAGAAGGCGUGUAUGGAGGCUAGGAGAGCUGCUCAAGAAUGGCAUAAAAGAAAGUACGAAAUCCGAGUACUAAAAAGCCUCCUAAAGUAUCAAGAAGAGUAUGGUGAAACUGACAAGAUGGAACAAACUAAAGAAGAAUUAAGAGCUCUAGGUUAUGAGAACUUGGACAAUCUGGAGAAUUCAGAAGAUGAACAGAGUUCUGCUGGAGGAGGCGAUGAUGACACUCAUAUUGGUGAUGAUAUAUGCCUUGAUGAUCUUACAGACUUGUCAGAUACAAAUGAGGAAGAAAUAUCUGAAACGAAAAGGGAGACGCGUAAGAGAGGAAAAGGGUACACCAUCAAAAAGAAUAUGAAAGGUGAAACACAACUUCAUGUGGCAAGUAUAUCAGGCAACAAGUUACUAGUAGAAAGGUUGAUAGCUAAAGGUCAUCCCGUCAACAUUCGAGACAAUGCCGGCUGGUUGCCGCUUCAUGAGGCCUGCAUACACGGACACAUUGAGAUUGCUAAUAUACUGAUUAAUAACGGUGCCAAUGUCAAUGAUAGGGGCGGGGUUAAUUGUGAUGGUAUCACACCAUUAUAUGAUGCAGCUAGCAACGGCCACUUAGACGUAGUCCAAUUACUCCUCGAAAAAGGCGCCAUACCCUCCUUAAAGACAGACUUUGGAGAAACACCAUUACACGUACUUCAAAAAUGGCGAACAAGCACAAUACUCACCAAAGACGAAGAGGUUUUAUAUACCAACAUAUGUAAUAAAAUACAUAGCCUUAUAGAUAAAACUAAUACGACAGACGUACUGAAUAGAUCCAAGUCUAAAACACCCGUUAAACCCGUUAAAGAUGUUACUCCACCAAGUACUUCUAAAAUGACUAGCAGGAUUAAAGAAUUAGAUACACCAGUGUUUAAACGGAGGAAUAUAAUUGAUGAUAAUAGUGACGAUGAUAUAAAUCUCUCGCAAAAUGUAAGGAAUGAAGCCGCUUUUCCAUCCGACGACUCAAACUCAUCAGAUUGCGAAACAAGUAACAAGAAAAAAUCAUCAGGUGUCAAAGAAUAUAGAAAUGCUAUAGAUGCAUUACGUAAUAGAAGUAUUAAUGAUCUGCCUGAAGUAGAUGUUAAGAAGAAUAAAGUAAAACCAGCAUUGUUAGACCCCGAAGAGAUCGAUGAUGAUUGGCUAGACGACGAUCUAGGAAUCAACAAAAAUAAUAAAAAGCGAAAACUAACUGAUCCCUUAACUACCGUCGCCAAAAAACCGACUUACGAAAACAUAAAAGAUACUAUAGAAGAUAUCAACAAAAUAGAACCUUUAGUUGAAAAUAACAAGUUUAAUAAGAAAAGAUCAAGAUUCAGUGAAGUGAUCGAGGUCAGUGAAAACAGUUCGGACUCGGACCAUUAUCAAAGAAACGAAAACAUACGACCCCAAGUUUCAGCAUCGGAUUCCAUGAGAAAUAUAUUGAAAGAACUGAAUGACUCCAAAACUAAAGACAGCAGGGAUAAUAUGAAACGGCGAUGGAAAAGACAAAGCACGUUAUUAAAAGCAGGAUUCCAACGAAAGAGAGAUGAAAUCGAUGCAUCUAGUAACAGUGGAAGUGAUACAGAGUUUGCAUCAAGAAGAGAACAAAAAAGACUGACUCCUACCGGGACAUUCUCUCGUAAAUCUUCAGGCGAAAACUUUCAUUACAACAACGUACACAACGACGGUUUUAAUAUAAUGCAGAAUAUGAAUCCUGGUAUUGUGCAGCCCAUGAAUAUGAUACAACCGAUUAAUAUUGUUCAGUCGAAUAAGAACGGUCGGCCAGUUCAAACGCAGAUUCUGCCGCCGGCCGCGGUCAAAGUGCAAGUUGAGGAUAAAGUAUUGUUGAUAUCACUCAAGUUGGAUACUAUAAAUAAAUUGACAAUCAGCUGGCUGGUUGAUGAAGUUAAAUCUAGGUAUUAUAAAUUAACAGGCGUCCGUCCAAUAUUCAGUUUAAUGACGUCAGAUGGCGCUAUACUAUCAGAAGACGACCCACUUAGCUUAGUACUCUCCUCGCCGGAGCUAAAGACGUGUAUUACUAAUUGGAAGGCCUCACCAGCUGAAGAGAGGUAUCUGGAGUGCUGUGACGCUUUGGGAAUACCACCAUCCGAAGAAAUCCAACAAGCGGUCGGUAGAAGUCACACUACCCGCAGGCUAGCACUUGGAACGAAGUCCUUACCUUCAUCACAAAUACGCCCGCUAUUCAGGGCGCUCACACACCAAGCACACAUAACAGCUAUCAUGAUCUCAGAUAACAAUAUAGGAGACGCUGGCGUCAAGUAUCUUACUGAGUGUAUGUGCACUAUGAAGCAUUUAACACAUCUCGAUAUAAGCAGAAACAAUAUCACAGAAGAUGGAACUAAAAUACUCUUAAGCCUCUUUGAAAAAGCUAACCGACCUUGUUUAUCCUUAGAAGAACUCGAUUUAAGCGCAAACGCAAUAGCAGACAACGGUUUCAGAAAUGUCGUCAAAAUAUGCCAAUAUGUCCGCCUAAGAAUACUACACUGUUAUAGUCGCUGUAAACGAGCGUCUGGCGACUCCAUGAGGCCGAACCAGGUAACGAGCGACGAGCGACUGCAUGAAGCAGUGACUUUUUAA